AUGGGUUCUCAAUCUACUUCCUCUCAGCCUCAUGUGCCCGCCUCCGGCGUCUGGUGUCCUGCAGUCACCUUCUUUCACCAUGGCACCGACUCUCUCGAUCUCGAGUCACAAUCAAAAUACUUUGCCUAUCUGUCGACUACCGGUCUGGCGGGUCUAGUCAUCCUGGGCACCAACUCUGAGGCCUUCCUCCUGACUCGCGAAGAGCGAUCGCAGUUGAUUGCAACGGCUCGUGCAGCUGUGGGCCCUGAUUUCCCAUUGAUGGCCGGGGUUGGUGCACACUCGACCAAGCAAACCCUGGAGCUUGCUCAAGAUGCGGCCGCUGCGGGCGCCAACUAUCUGUUGGUCCUCCCUCCUGCAUAUUUUGGCAAAGCCACCAACAUGAAUGUGGUCAAGCGCUUCUUUUCUGAGGUUGCCGCCAAGUCCUCGCUUCCUGUCGUUCUCUACAAUUUCCCCGGCGUUUGCAAUGGGGUAGAUAUGGACUCGGAGACCAUCACGGCGAUUGUGCAGAAGUCGGCAUCGUCACACCCCAGUGGGCAGUCCAACGUGGUCGGCGUCAAGCUCACCUGUGGAUCGGUCGGAAAGAUUACUCGACUGGCCGCGACUUUUGCGCCCGGCACCUUUGCAACCUAUGGUGGACAGUCGGAUUUCUUGAUUGGAGGGCUUGCGGCUGGAAGCGUUGGGUGCAUCGCAGCUUUCGCCAAUGUUUUCCCCAAGACAGCGGCUCAGAUCUAUACCUUGUACCAAAAGGGACAAGUGGACGAGGCUGUGACGCUUCAAAGAAAAGCAGCCCUCGCAGAGAGCCCUAUCAAAAGCGGAAUUGCAUCCACUAAACAUGCGGUCGCAUGCUAUUCAGCCCAACUAGCAGGGAUUCCGGAUGCAGCGGCAAAUCUGGCCCCUCGACACCCGUACGAAGAGGUGAGCGAGGGGGCCAAAACGGCUAUUCGAACGGUGAUGGCAGAAGUCAGUGAGAUUGAGAAGAGGUUAUAG